UUCUGUAGCAAAUGAUUUUAACCACUGCUAGAACUAUUUCUAAUGAUUAUGUAGUGUAACACUAUUUAACCGUACUGAGUUUUACUGAUUGAAGACAAAAUAUACUUUAUUUUUAAAGGCAUACGUUAUGUGUCUAUGUUGAUAUGAUUAGGUCUUUUUCUGUUUCCAUUAAACCGGUGACAUUUUUGAAAAGAAGUUUCUGUACGAGUAUUUCGAUUGCUGGAAUAUCGACUUCUCGAGGUUGUGAUUAGGAACACGUUCACGCAUAGAAGAUUCUGUAGCAGACGAUAAACAUAACCUUCUUAUGUGUAAUGUUUAAUUAUCAUUGGAAGAACGAAUGAAUUGAAAUAAACGUUAUCUGUCAUAGUAUGCAUAAUGGCGAAUGACAGGGAGGUGCUUAGAGAAAUUUGGGAUGGGAAAAUACCUGUUUGUUUUACACUUGAUUCUGAGGAAAUUUGCGAUUUGCAAGGGCCCGAUCCGUUUUAUCUUAUGGUACCUAGGUUAAGUUACUUUCCCCUUUGCACAGACAAGGUACGAAAGCAUUUUAUUCGACACAUACAAAGUGAUAAUAAGCAGGAGCAUGAAAUGUGGCUAGAAUUUAAUGGCAUUCCUUUGAAAUGGCAUUAUCCUAUUGGUGUGCUCCUGGACAUUUAUUCCAAUGACAUCCAACUACCUUGGAAUAUAGUUGUUCACUUUGAAAAGUUCCCAGAAAAUGCCCUAAUGCAUUGUCAAAACAAAGAGGUGGUAGAAUCUUACUUCCUCACUUGUCUAAAGGAAGCAGAUGUAUUGAAACACAGAGGUCAAGUUAUGUCCACUAUGCAAAAGAAGGACCAUAAUCAACUAUGGUCUGGUUUGCUCAAUGACAAAUUUGAUCAGUUUUGGUCUGUAAAUAGAAAACUCAUGGAAGCCAGCAACAGCGAUGAGGGUUUCAAAUACAUACCUUUUCGUUGCUAUACCAGUGAGGACAAAUAUGUACAAAAGCUGGUAAAACCUGUCAAUGAAGAAGGCCAAAGGAAAACAUUGAGGCAUUUACUGAAUGAAGUUUUUCCGGAUCAGGAGAAUGUUAAGGUGCUCACACAUGGCAUUGUCCCACCUUUGGAAACGCCGCUUCAAUGGAUGUCAGAACAUAUGAGUUAUCCUGACAACUUCUUACAUUUUAUUCUUACAUCAUAAUUCUCGCCAAUGCAAUCAAUCAAUGGAUUUCUUGUAAAAAUUCAGAAAACCGAAAGACCGACGCUAUCUUUCCUUGUGAACAUUGACUGACACUCUGAUCGAGAUCGCUGAUCUUUUUAUUCUCCACAUCUUUUAUUGCAUAUUUAUUUUAUAUGAAAUCGUGAAUCGUGCUCUUGUUUUUGCAACCGAAAGGAAACGAAGAGGAAACGCUAUUCAUUUUAACGCUAUUAGUCUUGCAUAUAUUCUCAUAAUGCGCGUACGUACGAACACCUUAAGGCGGUGUUUCAAAUUUUAUCUUAACCUCAGUGCUGGACCUGAACAAGUCGUUGAUCACCAACGGGGCAGGUUUGCUACCGAUCGAACGAAUUAUAAAUCGAUUCACGGGAGUGCAGCCGAAAGGAGAUAUAUUGUAUAAAUAUAGUUAUAUAAAUAUUUAAACACACAUUUAUGUAUAUAAAUAUAACCAAUGAAGACUGUAAUCUAUAUUGAACAAAUAAGUUUCCGAUCUUUUACCAUGGUACGUAAACAAACUAGCGGAUUAGAACGACAAUCCGCAACAGAAAUGUAGAAUACUAUCGCAAACUACAUAAACAUUUACUUUAUAAUAGUGUACAAUAUUUAAUACUAGACAUCAAUUAAUUACACAACUAUCCCGAGGCUUUCGAUAUAUCCUCAAUAUCUGCGAGGACACUCCGGUACUUUGAACCGCUAAGGAACCGGCCGGUCUCCUCACGAUAACUGGUUGAUUCCCGUAAUUGCUGUAUUCCAUGGUUCUACGGCUGGUCCCAAAAGUUAAAUAAUUAACCACCUCCCGCGUAGUCUGUUGCUCCUGCAACAAAAUGUGCAUCAGCCAUCGAAUUAAACGAACCAAAAUUGAAGCGA